UGGGGCCGUUGGCCGCCAUGGCGCUGCGGCUGCUGCUGGCCCGCGGGCUGCGGCUGCUGCCGCGCUGGGGGCCGCCCCGCGCCGCGCCGCGGCCCCUCGCCGCCGCCGCCGCGCCGCCCCGCUCCCGCCGCUGGUCCUGGCUGCCGGCCGCCCGCGGCCUCCUCGGCGGCGCGGCGGCGGCGGGGCCGGCGCGGCGGGCGGCGGCGGCGGCGAGGGGGGGCCGCGGCGGCGGCGGCCUGGCGCUGGCGCUGGCGCUGGCGCUGCUGGAGCCGCGCGUGGAGGAGCAGCGGCGGGCCGAGGCGGCUUGCCGCCGCAUCCAGACAGUGUUUGUCAGGAAGAACAAACCACUGAAAGAUCCACUGGGCUCUUUCCGCUGGCAGGGCUUCAGACUAGAAGAGUAUCUCAUUGGCCAACCCAUUGGGAAGGGCUGCAGUGCAGCUGUGUAUGAAGCAGCUAUUCCUUUGUCUUGUGAUCGUCAAGGGAGCGUGGAGAGCAACCAUCUCGCAGGAGAGGGGCCAAGCAUACGGCCGAAUCGUGGCUCAGCUUUACAGGGUGCAGGAGAGGAGCCUGGUCACGAACACCGACAAAAAGCGGCUUUUCCGCUAGCUAUCAAAAUGAUGUGGAAUAUUUCGGCUGGUUCUUCGAGUGCCGCCAUCCUCAGCGCUAUGGGGCAGGAGCUCGUUCCGGCCACAGGGGUUGCCUUAGCUGGAGAGUACGGAGCCGUCUCUCGCCACAGAAAACCUGUCUUUGGGAGGAAGAAAUUGCAGCCUCAUCCAAAUAUAAUCCAGGUGAUCCGAGCCUUCACAUCCUCUGUCCCUUUGCUGCCUGGAGCCUUUGCGGAGUAUCCUGAUGUUCUGCCGUUAAGCCUGAAUCCCAGAGGGAUUGGUCACAACCGCACGCUCUUUCUGGUGAUGAAGAAUUAUCCCUGCACCCUGCGCCAGUAUCUGAGGGAGAGCAGUCCGGAUGCUUGUCUCGCCACGAUGAUGAUUUUACAGCUGUUGGAAGGCGUGGACCAUCUUGUUCGACAUGGAAUAGCCCACAGAGACUUGAAGUCUGACAACAUCCUGGUUGAAUUUGAUUCUGCUGGCUGUCCUUGGCUGGUGAUCACAGACUUUGGUUGCUGUUUGGCCGAUGAAAACAUUGGCUUGAGGCUGCCUUUCACCAGCUCCUAUGUGGAUCGAGGUGGCAAUGGCUGUCUUAUGGCACCUGAGGUGGUCACAGCAUCACCUGGUCCAGGCAUGGUGAUUGACUACAGCAAAGCUGAUGCAUGGGCUGUUGGAGCAAUUGCCUAUGAAAUCCUUGGCCUAGUCAAUCCUUUCUACGGCCACGGAGAUUCAUCUCUGGAAAGCAGAAGUUACCGUGAAGAUCAGCUGCCAAACCUGCCUGAUCACGUGCCCCUUGAGGUGAAGCAAGUGAUAAAAAUGCUACUUCAGAGGGAUCCCAACAAGAGAUUAUCUGCUAGAGUCGCUGCUAAUGUGCUUCACUUAAGCCUCUGGGGUGAAAGUGUUCUAGCCUCUGAGACCCUGAAGCUUGACCAGAUGAUUGCCUGGCUUCUCUGCCAGUCUGCGGCUGCUUUGCUUAUGGACGGACUGGUGGAUAAAAGCAGGGUGGAAACAAAAAUGAAGAUGUGCUUCUUGGCAAACCUGGAAUAUGAAGAUCUCUGGGCAGCAGCGUUCUUGUUGCUGUCCUGGAGAAACCAGUCUGGGUGAAGGGUACAGUCUGAGGCGUGACUGUGCAGUAGAUAAAUGGCACUUUCUCAACACACAUAGGAAUUCGUCUUUUCUAUCUGCCUGGAAUCCUUAAGUACUUUAGGGAAAAAAAAUCUGCAGGCCUGUGUAUGUGUUGUGUAAGAGGUUGUGUUUACCUGUAGCAAGCGUUACACACUGUCGUUCUCUUCCUGUUACAAGAAACGCCCUUGCAGCAUUACUGGUUUGGUGGGGGUUUGCGGAACUUGCAGGUGUCUCCAGGUGUGUGGUUGGUUUUGUUCACAGGUGGGGGUCUAUGGUUGACUGGUAAGUCACAGACUGAAUGAAGCAGGUUCCUCUUCAGAAGGUGUGUGUAGGAGGAGGUAUUGUAUAGCUGCUUUUUACACAGAAACAUCGCAAAUGGAGGAAGCUGAGCUGGCAAAAGUAGGGGCAAUCUUCUUAGGGAAACCGUUGUGAACCCUGCUCUUGUUAAGAUUGUAUUCCUCUGCAGCCACAAACAUAUCUUGCUAUAGUAUGGCAGUCCAAAGGCCUCCUUGCUGAGAGGCUGACCUGUAGGGUGAGCAUCAGGAGCUGUUCGCUUCUUGGGACGCGCACAAUUAAAUACGUAGCUAGCGGUAUGGAGAAAGGCAGAAAUACGCUGAAUACAGAAGCCUGCUGAUGCCCGUUUCCAGAGCGUUGUAAUUCUGCAGAACCUGGCUGCUGAAGGAUCCCAGGCUGAGUCAAGUUGUGUCCAGUUGGGGAUAAUAAUUAAAGUUAAAUAGAGCUAAAGAGCGGUGCCUGCCUAAGGAGUUUAGUGAGUUUCUGUUCUGUAUUACAUGCCCGGCUUUUCUGUUUAACGAUGAAGUAAUAUCCUUUGGUUAGGGAGGGUAAGAGACAUCAGUUAUAAAAUUUAAUGAUUUUUUCAUUAAUAUGAUGGUUUUUGUUUUACAUCUAUACUUGCUGGUGUUUAAAGAAGCUUGGGGAGAAAGUUGUUUAUGCUUGUUGCACAAUAAAUUGGAGGUUACUUGCUGAUA